AUGCGGGAACCUAGACGAGCUCUGUUAGCCGCAGCUCUCGUGAGCAUCAUUCCGGCCUUUGUCUUUCUUGUCCCAUCCGAUACUAUCCCGCAAGCCAUCCGGCCUCGCUCAUCCAGCGCUGAUGCUCUCCCUACACAAACCAUCUUCCUCCCAUGGACGAAGCCGUUUUCCCGCGCCUCAGGCUACACACCGAGCGUUCUUGGUGUCAUUGCUGGUUCGCGGCAAAUCUUCCCCAUUGACACUACGAGUACUGGUGUCGUGAUAGGCGCAAACCGACUACCAAAGCUGCAGCUGGGAAAAGGCAAUCCAGUCGGAUGGAGAUUCAUAAGUGAUAACAGCAUCUUGCUCACCGGCCAAAUUGCCAAUCUGCCCAUCACGUUCUAUGGCUCCAAAAGAAGUCAGCAAGCGAUAAGCCAGGUUCCGGUACUCGUCAUAACCAAAAUUGUCAGAUGUCCUGGAUUCAAUAAGGACAGAGACAAGGGUGUGUGCCCACUGGAAAAGCUCGAUAAGAAGUACAAGCAGCACCUCAAUUCAGUAUUAUUCAUGGGCGUCGGUUUCGGGGUCACGGCACCUGGAAAUGGCAGCUUUCCCAGCAUACCUUCACACGACCCGUUCCUGAACGUCAUGCGCCUCACCGACUACAAUACGCUUUCGAUGCGCAAAGGCUAUGUGAUUACGGCACGAGGCGUAUACUUGGGCCUGACGGACGAUAAUACCUCUGGGGCGGUUUGGACGCGACUCGGAAAAUUAGCUGGGACUACGGAUCCGCAGGCUUGGGCUGGACCGCUUGUUUCCUUUACCUCUGGAACUUCGAAUGAGUCGACGCAAGCACGCGCGCUCAUUGAUAUCAGCACGACGCAAAUGAAGAUACAGUCAUCAUUGCAGUCUACUCUACCGAAUAGGACCGUCAGUGACGGCAAGACACCGCCGGAAAUUUCGAAACGAGUGAUAACGGGCACGAAGCUCAAUUUUGCAUUUCUUGACAUGGGGAAAGGUGUCGCGGGUUAUGAUUUUGUGGUUGGGGACAUCAUGUUGAAGUUGUCACAAAGGGCGCUGUGCCGUAUGUAA